AAGGUGGUAUCAGAGCCAGCUCGAAGACUAUAUCAGAGCCUGCUUCGAAGCUGCAUCAAGCAUGGUUCGAAGUUGCACCAGAGCGCGGUUCGAAGCCUGUUACAGACGCGGUUUGAGCCUGGUGAGAGACGUGGUUCGAGCCUGGUGGGAGCUAAGUUACGAGCGGGAAAUCGUGACCAUGGCAAGCAAAGGUGUGGAGGCAAGCGACGUUCUGGAGGAGGAACGAGGUGGACGGGAGACGCGUGGGGACGCGUGGGGACGCGAGACGGAAGAAAAGGAGCAGCAUGUCACUUUGGACUCCGAGGAGGAUGGGGGUGGCACGAUCGAGCCACUUGAAGGUAAGCUUGAAGGUGCCUUCAAUUCUUUCAUGGCUAACAUGGGCAGGGCUGUGGAAGAGCUUAAAGGGUGCUUUGCACGCAACGGUGGGCGAGACAAGUCACGCAGAACCUCUAGUCCAUGCGGGGGCAUGGAAGCCACAAGGGAUGGCAGCGGUGAGUGGCCCAAGAGGAAGCAGGGGUGCUUCUUGUGUGGAGGGCCACACUGGACGAGGGAAUGUCCACGGCAGGACGCGCUCAAUGCCAUCAUCAGGGCUGGUGAGGACUUCAGCAAUAGAGGGGAGGUCAACCACAUGGGGAAGUCCGAGCCUGUGGAGGCAGAGGACGUGGCGUCGAUCUCACACAACUUGCGGCAGAGGCAAGGGAGCAAUGCCGCCAAGCGUGAGGAGUUCGGCCACACGGGAGAACCCAAGCUUGAAGAGUCCAGGGACGUGGCACAGGACGCGGGCGACUCAAGGCAACAGCAUGACGUGGAUGCAACAGAGACUUGCGGCAACUUGCGGGAGGGAUCGAGGCACUCGAUGCGAGGCGCCUUGAUGAGGGCGUCAAGGGCUUUGGUGGGGGAGAGUGUCAUGGCACGCGAGUUCGAGGGCCGAACGUCGCGGAGUGCGAGCGUGGACAUGAGGGCAGGCGCGAGCACGAGCACGAGCACGGGCGCAAGCGGAAGCGCGAUCGGAAGCGUGGACUGGGCAUGCGAGAUGCGGGUGUUGGUGUUGCGACACGGGGUUGCGAUUACGACACUUACGCAUAUGAGGGUUGAAGUGCAGAGCUGGAUCGUGCAAGACGCAGCGGGCCUUGCCAGCGGAGGCGUCAAUAUCGGGGCCGUGGCGGGCACGCACGGGCAAGCUGGGUCGAGGCGUUGGCACGCAUGGGUGCAGUAUGGCUCGAGGCACAUAGGCGCGCGAGCACGAGCACAGACGCGAGCACGAGUGCGACAUGGAAUGCCCAAGAGGCGGGCUCGACAUGAGUUGGCAGCGUCCAUGCCAAGGUCGUGGCAUGAGGUCACGGUUGAGACAUGUUGGAGCAUGCAGGAGCGGCCCAAAAAAUUCUAGAAGUUGCUGGGUGCGCAGAGAUGGUUCCAGACAGGGGUCUAGAUGGGCUUAAUGGGCCAAGCCCAACCUGGAAAACUCCUAGGGUCUUGUACAUAAUUCUAGAAUAGAAAGUUCUAGAAUAAUGUAAGCUUAGGCUAUGAGGGAGAGUGGAGAAGCUUUUGGAAAUUGUUAAUAUGAGGGAAAUUUGUGGAGUGUUCUAGAGACCUCAUCUGUAGAGGGACUUGGGCCAGACCUCUUCUAUAAAUAGGGAGGGCUAAU